AUGGCAACAACGGAGGUCAUCAAUGAACGUAGCAUCUACCACUGGUGUCUAGACCAUACGGUUAAUAUACGAUGCAGUCUGAGUAUGGUAGGGGAUUUUACGGGUAUUACUGAUGAUGAAGUGAUUACCGAAGCCCUGAAAUUGUGUGGCGUAAGGGUCCCCUUAUUAGUGGACAAGCGAAAGGGAGCGACCGGCGAAAUUAGAGCGAUACUAAUCACGACACAGGAUUGCUUAGAUCCCUCCCUAAUACCGAUCAACGUAUUAGUAGGAGGAGUUUCGGGUCGAAGGUGGCAGAUAAUGUGGCCUAGGAGUAGUGAGGAGAAUGACCGGGAGGCCACAGAGGCUGGGGGGAUGAGAGAAGAGACCGAUCAUCAGGGGAGAGAUGCACCUGGCACCGGUGAUAACUCACUGCCCAAGACUUCAUUAGGUGAAUCUAUUGAACCCCAAGUUGAAUCCGUUAUGGACAAAGUAGUGAGCCAAUUUGAGCGGUGGCACUACGAAGGAGGAUACCGGAGACUACGAGUAUUCUCGGGCACCAUACCUGUACCCACUGGGGAAGAAGGUUACGAUGCAUGGCGUGAAGCAGCCAUACAACAUUCAGAGGAAUGGCGGUGCCCUGAGUUUAUUAAGAAACAGAGGAUCGUUGAAAGUCUAAGGGGUCCCGCCAUGGAGAUUAUACAUGCUACCCGACGUAGCAAUACUAACGCAACACUGAAGGAUUACUUCAAUGCACUAGACUAUUCCUUUGGGACGAUUGAAGACAUAGGGGAUAUAUUGGCCCGCUUAAACCAUACUUACCAAGAACCAUCGGAAUCCCUCACUAAUUUCAUAUACCGGUUGGACAAGAUAUUGUAUAAACUUCUGGAUAAAGGGGGAAUUGAACAAUCAGAAAUCGAUGAACGGCAACUUAAGCACUUAUUGAGAGGGGCGCUGACCUCAAGUCCAGUAGCUCAGAUACUAAAAUGUAGUGGGGCACGAGCUCGGCCACCAACGUUAAGCGAAUUGAUCAAGGAUGUGAAAUUAGAGGAGGUCCAAAUUGACAAUAGGGAAAAAAGUAUCAAGAGAGUGAAAGUAGUAGUGCCAGCUGCUGUAGCCCCAUCCCCUGAUGCCACUUCACAAAAUGACCGACUGUAUAAGCUAUUAGAAGAACAAAAUAAAAAACUGGACCAGCUAAUAACGGUGCACAGCAGUGGUCAUUUACCAGUAAACAGAGGGAGAGGAAGAGGACAAAAUCGACGAGUGGAUAAUCGAGACCAUAUAAUCUGUUAUAGGUGUGGCCAGAUGGGACAUAGGUCUUUUGAGUGCCCACAAAUUGGAAAUUAUAGAAGGAGCACCAAUGAUUGUGGAAAUCGGAAUGCUAGUCCCCCGGAAAACCAGGGAGGGACGUUGAUGAACCCCGCAUCAACUCCCGAGCCAUAG